UUUAAAUAUCAGAGGGAGUGAGCUCUUCACAUUACCGUGCAGACUGCGCAUUUAACGUCUGUCAGUCAGCUAACUUCAGACGUUGGAAAUUUAACGUCGUAAACAUUGGAUUGAUACACAACUAGUAAAGACAUCGAGAACUAAGAAAUGAGUUCGCAAAUCCGACAAAACUUCCACCAGGACUGCGAGGCUGCCAUUAACAGACAGAUAAACCUGGAGCUCUAUGCCUCUUAUGUAUAUCUCUCCAUGGCGUACUAUUUUGAUAGGGAUGAUAAAUCCCUACCAAAUUUUGCAAAGUUCUUUAAAGCACAGUCCAAAGAGGAGCACGAGCAUGCAGAGAAGCUGAUGAGCCUGCAGAACAAGCGGGGAGGCAGAAUUUUCCUGCAGGACAUCAAGAAACCUGAUAGAGAUGAGUGGGGGAGCAGCCUGGAGGCUUUGGAGUGUUCCUUGCAGCUGGAGAAAAGUGUAAACCAAUCUCUGCUGGACCUGCAAAAGAUGGCGGCUGACCACAAUGAUCCUCACAUGUGUGACUUCAUAGAAACACAUUAUCUGGAUGAGCAGGUUAAAUCUAUCAAACAGCUUGCUGACUGGAUAUCCAACUUGCGCCGCAUGGGAGCCCCUCAGAAUGGCAUGGCUGAGUACCUCUUUGACAAACACACCAUGGCUGAUGAGUGCAAUUAAACUAUGCUGUGACACUGAUGAUCAUCCCAGUCACUGCUGCAUGCCAGCUUGCUUCUGUCCCAGACAUAUACUGCAUGUAACACAGCUUUAUUUAUGUUUGUUAGCUGUCAAUCAACUGCAAAAUUUGCAAAAAGCAUAGAUAGCUCUCUAAACUGGACUACUGCAGACGUCACUUCACAUUACAUUACAGAUUACAGUCGAUCUGAGAGAUGUUUUGUAGAAAUAAAGACUGAGCGAACCUUUAAUUUGUGCCAUUUCACACUUUCUGAUAUUUUUACUGAUCAUUUUAGUGUGUUAUGUCCGUCCUGGUCCAAUCACAACCUAAAAAGUAUUGUUUGAUACCAAACAGCCAAGAGGCAGCAUGGAAAGACAGCGUAUAGAGCCAUAAUAUUUUCACAUUAUGAUGAUCUGCGAGGUGAAAUUACGGCUUUUGUCAAUGGUGUUUGGUGGCUUUGAGGUGAGCAAUAUAACCGCGGUUUCUGUUUAAACAGAAAGUAUCUUACUCGGCCUACUCCUGUCCUCAGUGUUGUCAGGCAACAGCAAUCUGAGCCUGUCAGUGGCAAAAACAAGCACUUUUAGUGGACAUACUUCGCUAGGUGCAAUUAAAGUCUGUUGUGCGGCUCCUGGCUGAGGCGAUCAACUUGACCAAUUCUAAAACUUUUUGUACCUAAUUAGUUAUUUAGUCACCAAAAUAACAUGUAUGUAUGUUCACAAACAUAUUAAUGCUACACCAUCACAGCUCAUCUCUAUACACUGUAGCCUGUUUACAUUUUUCCAUCACUCAGCACUACAUGACAUGUUUCAUUGCUCUGAUUGGUUGUACGUCUAUCCAGUCGCGUCCAGAGGCAUUUUGGUCCAUGCCCGAUGAGAUUUUGCAGACUCAUUUGCAUUAUUGGUUAUAUUGAAGCUGGACUUUGAUAUUGGAAUGUUUUAAAUGAUUUUAUAGUAGUACACAAAAUGACAUGGAAGUAGAAAAUUCAGUCUCGUAAUAUUUUUAUGUGUUAAUUCUUUUGUAAGUGGAUUUGCAGAAUAAUUUGCAUUUUUUUUACUUGAUUCCUUUUGUUGUGAGAGUGAAUGUACUGCAAUCAUAUCUUUCACACAUGAUCCACAUUUGUCUCCUGAUUUAGCAUCCCUCGUUUUUCUGUCCAGGCUUAAAUUUAAUGAUAUCUCCAUUCUGAUGUCCUCGUAUUGUGUUUGCACCCUACAUUGUUCCUGCAGAGAUUGUGUUAUUAAGGAUAUUAAAGCAAUGAGAGUCCUCAGACCAAUGAGGGUGAACAUCAUUUUAGUAUCUUCAACCCUGUGUUGACUUUUAGUUUCAUCUUUUGUUAGAGAAGCAUCUUGGAAUUAAUUUGUACACACAUGAAUCACCUGAUUAAUAACAAUCUAAUACAUUUAAUUAAUAUUUCAUUAUAAUUUAAAAACUUUCUACGAAUCGUGUUUGUCAGUUUCAGUAAUUUAACUGGUGUUAGUGAAGUUGGUGAAUCUUAUCUAACUUACUGUGGUUUAAAUUAUGUCCCACUUAACCCUCCAUUUGUUUCCUUUUAGUUUAGUUCAGCUUUAAGUGGCAUCCCUCAUGCAUUUGUGGGUUAACUGCUGUUAAAUAAAUAAUUUAAGGUUCUCUGAUCACACUGAUAAGCAAGUGAAAGUGUUUCCUCAGCUGUCUCUUCAGGUUAUAAAUUGCAUUCCUCUGCAGUUGCUUUAUAUAAUAUGGCUGGAAUAUUUGUAUUUGUGAAUUGAAGCUCAAAUGUACAUAGAGUUUCCUUGAAUAAUAAAAUAGUAAU